UCUCCUGCAAAGCUGCGGCUGGGAGGUCACUCCCCGAAAUCCCCGUGCCCUGCCAGCGCAGGAUUUGCUCCGGGAUCUGGGGCGGGCACCCGGCGCUGCGGCUCGGGAGCGACCCUCCCAUGCUGCCGGUGCCACGGCACAGCCCGCAGCAGCCUUUGCACAGGAGCAGCGCACCCCGGUCCCUGCAGCGCCAUGCCUUGGGCCACCACCCUCAUCCUCAUCCUGGCCGGGUUCUGCGGCUCCGCCCUGGGCCAGUACAACGAGGAGGAGGACCUGGCGUGGCUCCAGUACUACCUGCGGCAGUCCCGCGUCUCCUCCUACAACUACGUGCCCUACUACGAGGAGGAGAGCCCCGCGUACGCUUACUCCUACCCCUCCGCCACCGACAGCGAGCCCGAGCCCGAGCCGGAGCCGCAGCAAGCCGCGCCCUGGCGGUGUCCCCAGGAGUGUGACUGUCCCCCCAACUUCUCCUCGGCCAUGUACUGUGACACGCGGAACCUGCGGUACCUCCCGUUCGUGCCCUCGCGGAUGAAAUACGUCUAUUUCCAGAAUAACCUGAUCACCUCCAUCCAGGAGGGAGCCUUCGACAACGCCACGGAGCUGGAGUGGCUGGCGCUGCACAACAACCAGAUCAGCAGUGAAAAGAUGGGAAAAAGGGUUUUUGGGAAGCUGCAGCGCCUGGAGAGGCUCUACAUGAACAACAACAACCUGACCAGGCUGCCCGGCCCGCUGCCGCGCUCGCUGCGGGAGCUCCACCUCUCCUACAACCAGAUCUCCAAGGUGCCUUCCAACGCUCUGGAGGGGCUGGAGAACCUCACGGCGCUGUACCUCAGCCACAACUUCAUCUUCGAGCUGGGCGCCUCCCUCAAGGGGCUCAAGUCGUUGAUUCUGGCCGACCUGAGCUACAACAACCUCAGGAAGGUCCCCGACGGGCUCCCGGCGUCCCUGGAGCAGCUGUACCUGGAGUACAACUACAUCAACGCCAUCCCCGACGAUUAUUUCCAGGUGUCCCCCAGGCUGCUCUACGUGAGGAUGUCCCACAACAGCCUGACCAACCAAGGGCUCUCCAGCAACACCUUCAACAGCAGCAGCAUCCUGGAGCUGGACCUCUCCUACAACCGGCUCCAGAAGAUCCCACGGGUCAACACCAACCUGGAGAACCUCUACCUGCAGGGGAACCAGAUCAACGAGUUCUCCAUCAGCAGUUUCUGCUCCGUGGUGGAUGUCAUGAACUACUCCCGGCUCCAGGUGCUGCGGCUCGACGGCAACGAGAUCAAGCGGAACGCGGUGCCCCCGGACGCGCCGCUGUGCCUGCGCCGGGCCACCGUCAUCGAGAUCUGACCCGGCCCUGCCACCCUCAGGACUCGUGUCCCUCAUUCCCAGGGAUUCCCUCCUUCCCGCUUUUCCAUCCGACUCGGCUUGGCAGCAGCGCGCUCCCGUGCGCGCCCGGUUUUCCCCAAAUUCUCCCUUUUUCCGCCCAGAUCCCAGCUCGGAGCCCUCUCGGAGCCCACCACGGAGCGCUGUGCCCGCGGUCACCCCCUCCCCAGGGCUGGGGUGGGACGCAGCAGGGAUGGUGCUCAUCCCACCUUGGAAAUCCGGGAAUCCCAGUCCCGAUCCCAAAAGCGGAUCUGAACCCCCUGGGCCAGCGGUCCCUGGAAGGAGAAUCCAAGGGGUCGGGAGCUGCAGGAGUGAAGAUCUCCAGGCUGGAGGGUCCCUCAGUGUGGGAUGGGGAGGAGCAAAUCCAUCCUUUCCCCUUUCUUUUUUCCCCUUUUUCCAUCAACCUGCUCCAGAAUUAUCAGAGAGAAACCCUAAAGGAGUGAAACCUUCCCUGGGGUCAGAGGGAAACCCCCCGAUGAACAGCCUGGGCAUGGGAGGGAUCCCAAAUCUUCCUCCCAAACCCCUGGAUCAGGGCAGGAUGAGGAAAAUCCUGGUGCUGUCACCGUCCCCGGAGCUGUCCUGGAAAAUCCUGGAGUUGUCACCCCUGGAGUUGUCACCCCUGGUGUUGUCACCCCUGGAGCUGUCACCCCUGGUGUUGUCACCCCUGGAGUUGUCACCCCCAUCUGCCUGGGCACUCCUCCCUGAGCCCCCUCCCUGCCCAGGCCAACGGGGUACCCCAAUCAAAACCCCAAAAUUAAUCACAGAACCACGUUGGAAUUCACCAAAAAAUCCCAAAAUCCCCAACUGGGACCCUCAGCCGGCUGAGUCUGAGGACGGAAGGGGCAGCUGAGCUUUGGGGGUGUCCAGGUGGUCACCCGCGCCCUCCGCGUUGUUCCUGCAUGCAAAACAUUAAAAAAAAACACCCCAAAAUCCCAUCAUUUCACCAGCAUGAACUGUCAACCCCCAAACCAUCAAUAAAACCCUUCCAGUAGCUGCAGCCAGCGCGUCCCGGGAGCCCUCCGAGCCCUGCAGCC